GCUCCGCGGGUGGGAGCCCCACGCCUCCGAACGGGCUGGGCGGGGCGGAUGGGUGCACCCCUGCAAGCCAGCCGAGCCCCAGCCCUGCCCCGGCCGCCCCUACCUGCUGCGCGGAGCCUAGCGCAACCGGCUUUGUUCGCUUUGUCUGCCCGCACCUGAGCGGCCUGCCGAGAAGGUCACCAUCCCGCGGAGCGUACCCGCUCCGCGCCAUACCAGCUUUGACAACAUGCCUCCGUUUCUGUGUCUGCCUGCUGCCUGGAUUCUCCUCUUCUACACAGUGUCCCCAUCCAUCUCUCUUCAAGAAGUCUAUGUGAGCAGGGAGACCACUGGGAAGAUUGCAGUGGCCAGCAAAUUGAUGUGGUGCUCAGCAGCGGUCGACGUCCUGUUCCUGUUAGAUGGCUCUCACAGUGUCGGGAAAGGGAGCUUCGAGAGAUCCAAGCACUUCGCCAUGGCCAUCUGUGAUGCUCUGGACAUCAACCCCGUGAGGGUCAGAGUGGGAGCCUUGCAGUUUGGUUCCACUCCCCAUCUGGAAUUCCCCUUGGACUCCUUUUCUACCCGACAGGAAGUGAAGGCAAACAUCAAGGGAAUAGUUUUCAAAGGCGGGCGCACGGAGACAGGCCUUGCCCUGAAAAGCCUGCACAGAGGGUUCCCGGGAGGCAGGGAUGGUGCUGUGCCCCAGCUUCUCAUCAUUGUCACAGAUGGCAAGGCCCAGGGGCCUGUGGCUCUGCCUGCUAAGCAGCUGAAAGAGAGGGGCAUCAUUGUGUUCGCCGUAGGAGUCCGGUUCCCCAGGUGGGAGGAGCUGCUCACUCUGGCCAGUGAGCCAAAGGAGCAACACGUGCUGUUGGCUGAGCAAGUGGAGGACGCCACCAACGGCCUCCUCAGCACCCUGAGCACCUCAGCGCUCUGCACCUCUGCUGAUCCAGAUUGCAGGGUGGAGGCUCACCCCUGCGAGCGCAAGACACUGGAGACCAUCAGGGAACUGGCUGGCCAUGCCCUGUGCUGGAGGGGAUCAAGGCAAGCGGAUGCUGUGCUGGCUGUACGCUGUCCCUUCUACAGCUGGAAGAGAGUGUUCCAGACACACCCCGGCACCUGCUACAGAACCAUCUGUCCAGGCCCCUGUGACUCCCAGCCCUGCCAAAAUGGAGGCACAUGCAUUCCAGAGGGUGUGGACCGGUACCACUGCCUCUGCCCACUGGCCUUCGGAGGGGAAGUCAACUGUGCGCCGAAGCUGAGCCUGGAAUGCCGGAUCGACAUUCUCUUCCUGCUGGACAGUUCUGGAGGCACCACUCUGGAGGGCUUUCUGCGGGCCAAGGCUUUUGUGAAGCGCUUCGUGCAGGCCGUGCUGAGUGAGGACUCUCGUGCCCGUGUUGGGGUGGCCAGUUACAGCAGGGACCUGAUAGUGACCGUGCCUGUCGGGGAGUACCAGGAUGUGCCAGACCUGGUCAGGCGCCUUGACAGCAUCCCUUUCCGUGGCGGCCCAACGCUGACCGGCAGUGCCUUGCUACAGGUGUCGGAGCAUGGCUUUGGGAGUGGCAGCAGGACAGGCCAGGACAGGCCACGCAGAGUCGUGGUUCUGCUCACUGAGUCACACACUCAUGAUGAGGUGGCCGGGCCAGCAGAUCACGCAAGGGCCCGGGAGCUGCUCCUCCUGGGCGUGGGCAGUGAGAUGGUGCAGGCGGAGCUGGAGGAGAUAACGGGCAGCUCGAAGAAUGUGAUGGUCUACACGGACCCUCAGGACCUAUUCAGCCAAAUCCCGGAGCUGCAGAGGAGGCUGUGCAGCCAGCCACGGCCAGGCUGCCAAGCACAGUCACUGGACCUGGUGUUCCUGCUGGAUGCCUCUGCCUCAGUGGGACCUGAGAACUUCGCGCAGAUGCAGACGUUCAUCAGGAAAUGCACCCUCCGUUUUGACGUGAACCCUGAUGUGACACAGGUGGGCCUGGUGGUCUAUGGCAGCCAGGUGCAGACAGCGUUCGGACUGGACACCCAUUCCACCCGCGCCGCCGUGUUGCGGGUCAUGAGCCAGGCUCCCUACCUAGGGGGUGUGGGAUCUGCUGGCACAGCCCUGCUGCACAUCGAUGACAAGGUGAUGACCGUCCAGAGGGGCGCCCGCCCUGGUGUCCCCAAGGCUGUGGUGAUGAUCACGGGUGGAAGUGGGGCGGAAGAUGCAGCUGUCCCUGCCCAGAAGCUGAGAAGCAAUGGCAUCUCCGUCUUGGUUGUGAGCGUGGGGGCUGUCCUCAGGGAGGCAGUGCGGAGGCUCGCUGGUCCCCGGGACUCCCUGAUCCAUGUGGCAGCUUACACAGACCUGCGGUACCACCAGGACGCACUCAUUGAGUGGAUAUGUAGAGAAGCCAAGCAGCCAGUCAACCUCUGCAAACCCAGCCCAUGUAUGAAUGAAGGCACCUGUGUCCUGAAGAACGGCAGUUACCGCUGCGAGUGCCGGGGUGGCUGGGGAGGCCCCCACUGUGAGAACCGCAUCUUGAGAGGCGAUGCUCCCAUGGCAGAUAGCUUCCACGUAGAGCCCACAGGAAGACAGCAGCCAGCCCCUUCCCAGCAAGCUCCCAGGCAUCUCAGAAUCUGAGAGACACUGUCUACGGCCCAGUGCAUUGCCUGGGGUCCUGGAACAGCUGCUUCCGGCUCUAAGCAGCGCUGUCCUGCCACAAGCCUCUGCCACAGAGAACCGUGCUGCUUGGGACAGGAGCAGCUUUCGCUGUCACCACGGUGAUGUUGGAAACUCCUAAUGUGUCAGUAUUUAUGUCCUGUACCUGUUGGUCACUUUUCCAGAGGAUAAAAAAGAGGUCAGGGAAAUUUGGUGGCCUGUUUGGAGUCAUUUUGACUAUCGCAAAUGCUAGACAGAAGGCUGAAAAAGUUGCAGUGCCCAGAGGAAGGCAUCCGACAGAGUGUACCAUGCAGCAAUGGUAUUGACACAAAACUUGGGCUUCUCCAUUUUCCAAAGAUAGCUCAUGGAUUUAGCUUGAAAAAGGAUUGUGUGGCAUUUGUGACUUUUUCUGGUGACCAGAUCUGCAUGUGUAAAAGACAUUAUGAAGUUCUCAGACAACAAUCUGACCAAUUAACCAGUCUGUGUAUAUAGAAGGGGCAUAAUGUACAAACGGCUCUGGUCUCCCUGUGUGGUUGGUCUGGGUGCUGCGCAGGAGGACCUCCAGGGGUUUCCUUUCAGAGUUUAUUAGAGAGGUGAGUGGUAUGGGGGUUCCCUCUUGCUAGUGGUGGCAAUGAAGGGCAGACUUCACAAACUCGGCCUUUAAGGGGUGAGGGGGUAACGAGGAGGUUCGCUUUCAAAGCUUAUUGGAUUGCUUUGUCUUACAUGCUUCUCCUGCUCAGUCUGUUGAGGAACUUUUCAAGAGAGAUCAGUCAUUGGUGCUUCCGGAGUAAUUGUAUCUGUGUGGCCAAGAGGACUCUUUGAGCAUCUAACUCUGCAGCGCUCCUGUGUGUUCCUCCCCUGCUUGUGUGUGCUGUUGGGAGCUGGGUUAUCAGCAGAAGCCCAGAGAGCUCUGGAAGCAUGGGUACGUCACGAUGUGACAUGCAACACGUAUGCUCCCACUAUGAGAUGUCCCCACCAUUACAGGUGUAGAGAACUUUGUCGGGGUUCUGUGGGUCAAGUCUGUCUGGCCGAGACGCUACUUCUCUUUCCAGGUUUGCACUGUGAUUCUUUCCCCAUCCCCAUGUUUUCCUUCACGUUUAGACUGUGGCUAUGAACAGUUCCAUAUUGUUACAUUUCAAUCAUUGCAGCAGUCUUUUGACUCCCUGGAAAAGGUCUGGUUUGCCAUAUGUAGACAUUUUCCUAUCGGAGCAGAGCUAGCUUUCAUGGAACCCCUGGAUUUCCUGAACUUUCAUGAUCUUCUCAUCGGCGUCUGUAUUUAAGGCUUUUCUGUCUGCUUAGGUUAUUUUUUUUUUAAGUUGAGGUAGCAUGUUCAAGAAGUCAGAAUUUGGUCUUGCUGAUUUUUAAGUAGAAAGUAAAUACAUUUAUGUUCUGAAUUUCCUUAAUCAUUGCAUAGGCAGCCUUUUUUACAUAUCGGUAUGUUUCUUCUCCCCAGGAGUUGCCUGUUUAACAUCCAGAGGUUUGGUUUCCAAUUGUAUGCAUGACAUUAGCUUCCUGAGGCAUUUCCUGUGUGUUUGAUACCUUAUCGAUUAUACAGUAAUUAACUCAGCACUUGAUUAAGGAUCUUUACAGUGUAUUGCUAGGCUAUCCCUUGUGGCUCUGCCAAUUUUUACAGUUUAUAUUUAAAUUCAUUGUGUAAAUAAUCACGACCUUUGUUCCAUGUCAUGCCAUGAAAUACAAGGGAAACCCAAAAUACAACGAACAUUUUAUUUAAAAAAUCUAAUAACAACUUGGUAAAGGCCACCAAGUGUUUAUGACAAAGGAAAUAAAUGCCCUGGGAUUAGAAAGACAAUAUGCAUAAAAAAUAUUUAGCCUUCAGGAACCAGUGUAUGGUAGCUGAUUCUGAAUGCCCAGAAAUAUGGGGUAGAUGAAAUGUUUCAAACCUGUGUUAAUGCCAUCACAGAGAGACAGACCACAAAAGGGCAACACUGGCUGCCGAUCUGAGCAGGCAAGAAAGACUGCUCACCACUCUGUCUUGCAAGGGGACCAGACAUUAAAAACAUCUUUAAAAUGGAACGAAGAGGCGAUUAACUAACUUUUAAAAACGGCCUGGCCACAGGACGGAGUCUGUAAACACAGGGAGUUUCCCCUAUACGACACAGCAUUGUUUAAGAGUCUGUUUUUGAAAGGCAGUUGAAUCAGGAAAGUCCUUGGUGGAGUCAGUGCCUUACCUUGGUCCCAAAUGUGUCCCUGCUACUGGUCUCCAGAGUUCACGCCACUGGUGGCCAGUGCUCUUUAAGAUCAUCAAAGGCCACAUUGGGCCCACCCGUUUGGAACCAAGAAUGAUUUUACCCUUAACACUGCCAAACGCAGGAUAAAAGUUAACAGGUCAGCAGUUAACAUUUUCUUGUCACCAAAGCCAUGUGGCCAUUUUUUCCACUACUUAAAAAUCUUGAUAAAACAAAUUGAUGAAUAAAAUCUUUUUUUU